CCUGAUAAACGGCUGGUCUCGCUCUGUAGGGCGUCGAGGUAGUGUUUGAACGGGAGAAAUGUUAGAUAACCUAAUGUAACUUAGUUAAAGCUUGUAAGGUUUGUAAAUAAUACCAAAUUGAUGCUUCAGCCAGUGAAUAACAAGUGAGCCCUCACCAAGCAUGCCACAAAUCCUAGAGGAAAAUAACAGGUUUACAUUGUCCAUUAACCAGUGCACACUUCCAUCACAAGGUGUUGUCCUUAAAAGGCGUCACUUCCAGCAUGCUCUUCUGGUUGAUAGGAGUAAGAAUGCAAAAAGGAUGGGCAGCAAUGACGAGAUGGAGAAUCCUGAGACAAAUGAGUUACCACUCAUGAAUAAAGUUGGCCCGGUUGUUAAACCUAAGAGAUCCAACUCGGAAGAACUGAUGUCAUAUGUGGAUACACAGCCUCUGCUCAGAGUUCCACGAAAGUAUCGAAUGAGGGAUCAGUAUGGAUACCUUUUGCCAAAAAAACACAAGGCAAGGGAACCAGCCUCUGCAGCACAUAUGGAAGGGUGUAACAAACUUACUCUCGGUGUCAAAAGUCUUAAACUUGGAACACUAAACGUGAUUUUCAGAGGGCCUGUCACAUUUUCAUUGGAUUAUAUUGAGAUUACAAGUGAAGUGCGAAUUGAGGCGUUAGAGCUCACCAGCUGUGAAUGGUGCAGAGGACAUAGACUGCCUGCUCUGUUUCUGCAAAUGACUGAUGCAGCCUGUCGGCAUCUGGGAGAGCAGCUCGCCAUGUCUACAGAUAUGGGGACGCGGGAUGAUCGUCAGAGCAAGAAUCAGCAAGAAAAAUACCUCAUCAUUAUCUUUGAGAGUGUGCCAACAGUGCUGGAGGAGGCCACACUAGAAGAAAUAUUCACAGAAAUUGGCAGGCUUAGGAAUUUAAGCAACUUCCUAGUCACACUAACAUAUGAGGAAGCCACUGACAGACUAAUGGCACAUAAACAUUGUCAGAAGGAGUUAUACUCGGUUGCCUUCUCUCCCACUAAUGUUCAGAGUGAGGUAACAACCCUGAGUAUUUCAGACAGUGAAGAUGAUGGUGAUGAUGACGCAAUGGCGUGCCCAUCCUCACACACUCAAUUAGCCAAAACACUGGUUGUGUACCCACCUCCCCCAGCUAAGGGUGGCUUUUCCAUCAGUAAGGAAGACCUCAGUUGUCUCGAAGAGGGUGAAUUCCUCAAUGACGUGAUAAUGGAUUUCUAUUUGAAAUAUUUGGUCUGUGAGAAGUUACAGGAGGAAGAUGCCAACAGGUGUCAUGUGUUCAGCUCCUUCUUCUACAAGAGUCUCACUCAGAAUGACCUGAAGGAGGAUCUAUACAGCACAGGUUUAUCCAUUCAAGAGAGGAGGCAUAACCGGGUGAAAACAUGGACCAGGCAUUUGGAUCUUUUCAAGAAGGACUUCAUUUUUGUUCCGAUUAACCAGUCGGCUCACUGGUACCUGGCUGUUAUCUGCUUCCCGGGCCAAGCUUCACACUGCUCCAUUAUGGAUCCUUGUGAGAAAAAGAAUGAGGAGAGCUCGAUAGUGUUUACUCCCAGCUCCCCUUUUUCAAACCCCAUGUCACUUUUCUACAGACACCAAACGUCUGAGCAGGUUUUCAAGAGGAGUGCAUCUGAAGGUGAGAUGGAUGAGGGCUUCUGCUUUGUUUCAGAUGAUGACCUAGAUGAUGAAUUUCAGUAUAAUGGAACCAGCAGAUAUGUAUUCAAAAUAAGUGAUACUACUUCUAAACAGCCCUGCAUUCUCAUUAUGGACUCUCUCAGCUGUGGUGCCAAACCAGCAGUGGUGAAAGUAUUACAAGAGUAUUUGGAGAUGGAGUGGCGUGUGAGAAAGGGCUCAUUGUGGGGCUUUGAGAAACAAGCCAUGAACGGAUGGAGUGUGCAGGUCCCACAGCAGGAUAAUCAUACCGACUGUGGAGUUUAUGUUUUGCAGUAUGUGGAAAGCUUUAUCACAAACCCACCAAGGACCUUCCAUCCUGCCAUGGAUCUGAGGGAUUGGUUUCCACAGAAGCUUGUGAAAAAGAAGCGGGAACAAAUCAAAUGGCUUAUCUGUAGACUCCACCAUCAACAGCAAGCUGAACUAGGAGAAUGAGUGCCUCCUAGAGAUUCUCUUUGAUAUUGCAACCCUAACCCCAAUUCAGGCACUUAGCCCAGCUUUCAAAUGUCUGUUAGGAUAGAAUGAUUUUGUUUUUUGUAUUUAGACUAAGAACAAUUUUGUUUGAAGGUUGUGUAAACAUAGCAACAUAGCAUAUUAUCUAGCAAAAUAAAAAUAUUUAUUUCAGUCUA